AAGAUGCCUUUUUUCGAGACUGUAAACGUCAAACUGCUUUGUUUUUCUUCGAAGAAUCUAAUUUUUAUCUAAAACAAGUUUUAAUUUGUGAUUUUUUAACGUGUUAAAGAAACGUAAACUUGUAAAGUAAUAGUUUAUAAGUUGUAUCGACAGUUUUUGGUCCCGAGAACAUACAAUUGCAGAUUGCAGACUUCAAGCAAUGGAUCCCAUAAUUGACUGGCAGAUUUCCCGCCACGACAUAAAAUCGCGCGGCCAGUAUCUGCUAGAGACAGGCAAAUGGGCGGACUGUCACUUCUUGGUUGGUCAGGAACCUGGCCAAAUGCUUGCGGGGCACAAGCUAAUUCUGGCCAUGGCUUCGCCGGUGUUUGAGGCCAUGUUUUACGGUGGGCUCGCGGAGAAAAACGACCCGAUUCCAAUCUUGGACCUGGACCCGUCGGCGUUCAAGUCGCUGCUGGAGUACAUUUACACGGACAAGAUUAGUAUCAAUUCGGUUGAUAAAGCAUGCGAAUUAUGUUACGGAGCUAAAAAGUAUAUGUUGCCCCAUGUAGUAGAACAAUGCAUAACAUUCUUGUGGUCAGAUCUAUGUCCAAAGAACGUGUGUCGUGCAUAUGAAUUUGCUACUUUUGAGGAGCCUCGAUUGAUGGAAAAAUGUCUACAAAUUAUGUGCACUAAAACGAUUGACGUCGUUCAGGACUCGAGUUUCGAGGAUGUUGAACUGUCUACUAUAAUCACGAUCUUGGACCAGGAUGUUCUGAACAUAGAUUCUGAGCUGAAUCUAUUUUGGGCUAUCAAUAAGUACGCGGAAAAGCAUGGCUUGUGCUCGAGUCGUACUCCUGAGCCGAACCAGUCGAAUAAUGAGCAGGAGCAACCGGUUGGUUCUCCUCAGUCUCCUCCAACGGUGGAUGUAGAAGCAGGUCCUUCAAACGUGCAACGCAAUAAUAACAAUCCUAAUGGCGGUAACGAUCAGCAGCAGCAGGCGAACGGCCAACCAAUCGCGCUGGUCAACGCCGGAAGGCAGCAGGAAUUGCCCAGCAUUCGGGAUGCCAUUCGUCGUAUCCGCUUCCUUUCGCUUACUCCGCAGCAGUUUGCUGAGGGUCCGGCUAGAACCAACCUGUUGACCCAGUCGGAGGCGUUUACCAUUUUGAUGAACAUUUCGACUCCAAAUAGUUGUUAUCCAAUGCCUGAUGGAUUCACGACCAACAAGAACCCAAGAAAUGCGUUUUCCGAUUCAACUCCGCCGAGCCCGGUGGCUGGCCCAAGUGGUCACCGCCCGACAGCUGGCGGCCAGUUGAUCCACGUGGUUCCACCGCCCCAGCUGCUCCCCACACAAUCCGUCCCCGCUCCGAUUCCGCCGGUACUUCCAGAAAAUCCCGAGAGUCCCUUCUAUCCGGACUAUCUUGACGAAAUGCGCAACAACGAUUCAAACUACGACCGAAAAUACUACUGCCGUCGAAUUAUGCGUCAGCAAACCGAAUGUCUCAAUACGAGUGUAUUGGACUGCUCGCUCACGUUCAUCGUAGACCGUUCCGUCUGCAUUACCGGAAUUGAAGUUCCUACUCAGGUUCAGGGCUCGACAAUCGUUGGAAACGAUCGGUACUCUGAACUGUUGUAUGCCCAUCUGCUGGACGCCCACGGUUCUCGGCUCACCUACACCCACUGCAAUCAACGCGUGGCUUACAACUCUAUGUUGGAGAUUUCCUUCGAUCGACCCGUUUUCAUCCAGCGACACAAGAUGUACAAGAUCGGCGUUGUCUUCAACAAGGUCGGCUGGUACCCGGUCAGUCAGUCCGUUGCCAAGGUCAACUGCGACAACGUGUGCUUCACGUUCUGCGUUGGCUCACAGUCGGAAUCCGUACGGGACGGUCUCAUCCGGACGAUUGUCUUCACUUACUCGCGCGAUGGAAUUGCUUAUCCAUAAGACGUCGACGAUCAUGUAAUACAAGCAGUUGGCAUGCUGUCAAAGUCUUAUCAUUGAACAUUGUGAAUAAAUAAUUUAUCUGUGAAUUAACACAAACAUCAUAUGUGUGCGUGCUACAUUAUCAAGAUCAAAAUAUAUGUAACAGUUUUCAUUACCCUGAAUCUCUGCAGUGUGGAGAAAAUACAUUUAUGCUACAAAAAUGUCA